AUGGAUCUGAAGGGAGGCUCAGUGUACAGCAGUGAGAGUGUCCGACCCUCCAAUCUGGAAUCCUUCGCCAGUAGAUCCACUCUGCACGGGAUCAGCCACAUUUUUGCUUACGGCCCAAUGAGCAUCCGCAGGAUCUUGUGGAUUCUUUCCUUCCUGGGUUCCUUCAGCCUCCUGUCGCUGGUCUGUGUGGAGCGGGUUAGUUAUUAUUUUGAGUAUCCCCAUGUAACCAAGCUGGAUGAGGUGUCAGCUGGGAACCUAACCUUUCCUGCUGUCACUAUCUGUAAUCUCAACGAGUUCCGCUUCUCACAGAUCACCCAGAAUGACCUGUACCAUGUUGGUGAGUUCCUGGCAUUACUGAACGAGCGCUAUGAGAUCACCAAGCCCACUCUGGCAGAGCCACACAUCUUGGCUGCUCUGAAGAAACUCGCCAACUUCCGUCACUUCAAACCCAAACCGUUCAAUAUGUCCGACUUCUACAAUCGCACGGGUCACACCAUCCGUGACAUGUUGUUAAUGUGCACUUACCGCGGAGAGAACUGUACUCACCACAACUUCACCACC